CAUAUUUGAAAAACAAAACCUAGGGAAGGGGAAGUAACGCAAACAGAAAUGCACAACAUUCACAUUCAUAUUCACAUUGUUAACUCUUAAUUCAGCGUGCCGUUUCCUAAGCUUCCUUUAUCUCCAUCGCGCUCUCUUUCUCUCUCUCUCUCUCUCUCUCUCUCUCUCUCCUCGCAAUCUCUCCAAUUACCUUUCUUCUUCGCUUCUCUUCGCUGCCAGGUGCACCUUUUAUAGUAACAGAGUCAGAAGUGGAAGGUUAUCAGAAAUAGAUGAAACAGCAGUUAUAAAUUUAUAAUGUCUGGACUGAUUGAAGGACUUCCUGAUGCUGUUGCAAUUAGGUGCCUUGCACGGGUUCCUUUCUACCUUCACCCGGUGUUAGAGCUUGUCUCUCGAUCUUGGCAAGCAGCUGUUCGAAGCUCUGAACUAUUUAGAGCUCGGCAGGAGGUUGGUUCAACUGAGGAUCUGUUAUGUGUCUGUGCUUAUGAUCCAGAGAACUUAUGGCAGCUGUAUGACCCUUUGCGAGAUCUCUGGAUCAGACUUCCUGUUCUUCCAUCAAAGAUCAGGCACCUUUCCCACUUUGGUGCAGUUUCCACUGCUGGAAAGUUGUUUGUGAUUGGUGGUGGAAGUGAUGCUGUUGAUCCGUUGACUGGGGACCAAGAUGGUUGUUUUGCAACCGAUGAAGUCUGGUCAUAUGACCCUGUAGUCCGACAGUGGGCCCCUCGUGCACCAAUGCUUGUCCCACGUUCUAUGUUUGCGUGCUGUGUUUUGGAGGGGAAAAUUGUUGUAGCCGGGGGCUUCACUAGCUGCAGAAAAUCAAUAUCUCAAGCAGAAAUGUAUGAUCCUGAGAAGGAUGUCUGGAUUCCAAUGCCCGAUCUUCAUCGCACUCAUAAUUCGGCCUGUUCAGGAGUAGUGAUCGGUGGAAAAGUGCAUGUACUGCACAAGGAUAUGUCAACAGUGCAAGUUUUAGACAAUGCAGGGCCCGGGUGGAUUGUUGAGGAAUGUGCAUGGCUUCAGGGUCCGAUGGCAGUCGUCCGUGAUGCGCUCUAUGUGAUGAGCCAUGGAUUAAUCCUCAAACAGGACAAAGAAGUGAGAAAAGUUGUGGGUUUCGCAUCUGAGUUUCGAAAGAGAAUUGGAUUUGCAAUGGCUGGACUAGGUGAUGAGUUAUACGUGAUUGGAGGCGUCAUUGGUCCUGAUAGAUGGAAUUGGGACAUUAGGCCAUUAUCCGAAGUUGAUGUUCUCACACUUGGAAAUGAGAGACCAACUUGGCGCCAAGCAGCUCCAAUGACUUGGUGUCAUGGUACUAUUCUUGGUUGUACGCUGCUGAGAAUUUAGGCUUUCGCAUUCUAGGUUGUAGUGUUAUUUGUUCUCGCAGGAUUUGGAUACCUUCGUAGACAAAGAAUCAGUCGUUCAAUGGUUUCCCUGUUUUGUAUGUAAGCCAUAAUAUUUGUCCUUGUUUUUAUGUUGAUCACAUGCAGUAACGAGUUGUGUUUCUGUAUCUGUUCUGUUUGUAGUAAAACAGUUAAUGAUCAUCAUUAACAAGGCAACAAAUCGGUUCUAUUGAUAUUCCUACCUUGAAAUUCAUCACUUCACUAGGAGAAAUAAACUUCAUUUAGCUAUUCA